AGAGAUGGAGAAGAUAGACUGAGCUGGGUACAGAGAGUGGGAGGAGAGAGAGAGACAGGGCAGACAGACACACAGGGAGAGAGAGGGGCAGACAGACACACAGGGAGACAGGGGCAGACCUGGCAGUGCUGCCGGACACACCGGGCCUCGUUACAUGCUACACGGCAGUGGAUAUUGGGAACACAGACUGACUCCUACAGCCUGAUCAUCGAAGCCUGAGGAUCGAGAGCCGGGCACUGACACCGGGCAUUGGAACACCCUGCAUUGGAACACUGGCACCGGGCUUUGGAACAUUGACACUGGGCAUUGGAUCACUGGCAGAACGCACCCGCCUGCUGCACUGGGCUCCUGGACAUAGAGUGAUCCCCGAGAUCCGACACCCGGCAAGGGGCCCCAGGGACCGACGUGUGAUAGUGACUGCCCGUUUGGACAGAUCCUGAAUCGUGUGGCACACACACAGUGCCCCCGGGCACAGAUUCACCAACUACUCAACACACAACAACAGGCAGAGCGGAGCACUAACUCCAGGGACAUUAGUCUUCCAGGCACAUACCGUGCAUUCAAUCAAAGUUAUUCAGGACCCCACACAGGGUCACUCACUCCCAGCACACACAGGCAACACUAGCCAUUUUGAAAGACCUGUCAAGACACAUUAACACACACACACACACACAUAAUGCGCCUGUGUUUCAGCAUAAGCACAUCAAUUCCAUUUAAGUACUGCCAGAAAUAGAGUAUAAUAUUCACUUCUCAGUAGGAUUUCAUUAAAUAGAGUACCAGAAACAGGUACACGAAGGAUCUACUGGGAAUAAACAGGGAGCCAUUAGGUAUUCACAGGUGCUAGGUAGAACAAUUAGACAGGUUCUGGGUUUAACUGGGUUCUAGGUACUCAGGCACACAGACAGGUACUAGGUUUAAACAGAGGUAGGCACGAGGGUCAUAUACUAAAUACCUUCAUUAGGUACACACAAAUAGAUUGCAAGUUGUGCAGCCUUGUGUUGUUACCUGUACCACAUACACAAAUCUUAGAGGGAAAUGAGAGUUAAGCACAUGCAAAAGAAACCUAUUCACAAAUCCUGUGAACACAUCCAGUAAACGUUUAAUUAGAGUUACACAUAUCAGUCACACAUCACACAUACUAAACAUUCACAUUGGCAAUACAACCGCUUUAGGCAGAUGAACAAAGAUAAUAUCCACAUUCAAUGAACAGAUUAAUACAAUUACAACAAUACAAACAAAACAUCCAUAUACACUGAAGUGUUUUUGUUAGUAAUUUACCAAAGGGGUACACAUUAACCAUAUCAAGAUAGCAUGCCUAACAUAUACACACAUUAGUUUAUCCAUGGUGUGCAUUCAACACAGUUCCACGAGAAAUAAAUAGUUCAGUCACACGUAAAAAUUCCUAUAUUCACACCUAUUAUAUUGGAAAGCAUAGGACACUGUGAAUAAACACCUUUAAUAGAAUUACUUCAGUUACAUGUGCAAUGUAUUUUGAACACAGUCUAUAGCUCUACCCACCAGGCAUACACAUGGUGUACAUUCACUGGCACACACUCACACACAUUCUUUAGAUUCGUAUUCUGUCUUUGCACACACUGGAUGCUGGAUUGCACAAGGAUAAACUUAUCGUGGGAGAUACGAAGCGAGCUUCAUUAAGAGGACUAUAAAAAUAGAAAAUCACCCCAUCAUGGGAUAUACCAGCCGGCAGGACACAGCCAGCUUCCUCCUAAAGUACUGCUAACAGAGACCAGGUAAACUCCUCUGAUGAGCGACUGCUGAAUCAAUAUGUACUCAUCUCCUUGAGUUGACGGAACUUUCAGGAACUGGAGGAUUCAUGGGAAAAGGCCCAUGUCAUAGGAUGAACACUGCCUGUCCCCUCUUACUGUCUGUGAUAUCGUCUCUUGUUUUGUGCUCCUGGGGUUCCAACCCCUCACCGAGCACAUGCUCGGCUUUGGCAUCUGGAGUUCUCUACGGAGCGUUCUCUAUUAAAGACCUUUUUCCUGUCUUCUCACCCGGGUGCUCCUGGACCCUUGAGAACCCUGACCCCACCAAAUAUACCUUAUACCUGAAGUUCACCCACGAAGAGCAAGUGUGCUCACAUCUCUCCCCCAUGGUGCAACCUCUGGAUCAUUACCUGCCCAACCACACCUGCAGCCACCCUGAGGAAGGGGCAGAAGAGGCCCGGGAGCUCUGCAUUCCAGGUUCCCCAUUCACAUUCUCACACUUUGACAAGAACUUCCUUCGUCUAUGUUUGUCCGAGCAACCCCUGUCCAUUCAGCUUCUGCCUGAUUCUGUGCUGAGCUUUCGUUUUGUUGAAGUGCUUUUGGUCAACCAUGAUAACUCUAGCCAGUUUGCUUGUGGUGUUUUGUGCCGAUGGUUUGAGGAGUGUCUGAGGGCCCGAAGCUGGGGGGUGCGGUGUGGACUGACUCAGAUUGGCUGUACUUGCCCAGAGACGGCAGCACGUGGACGAAAUGACACAGUAUCUAAUUCCAUUAUCCCUGCGGGGAACAGUGAUUGCUGUGUCACCCAACUACUUCCUGGAAACCCCAAUGAGGAAUAUCCUCGGCCCAUCCCAUAUGGUGAAGAUGAUCUGGAAGAGAAUCAGAAGGUCAAAACUCAGAGACCAAGGUCAGCUGAUGAGCCCGCUGUGUACAUGGCACAGACAGGAGAUCCAGCAGCAGAAGGUUGGUCGCAGUGGGGUGGUUGUUCCAUGACCUGUGGCCAAGGGGUGCAAGUUCGCACCCGGUCCUGUGUGUCAUCACCAUAUGGGACCCUGUGCAGCGGCCCACUGAGGGAAACAAGGACUUGCAACAACACUGUGGCCUGUCCAGUGGAAGGACAGUGGCUGGAUUGGGGUUCAUGGGGACGAUGCUCCGUGACGUGUUCUAAUGGUACCCAGCAGAGGACUAGGAAAUGCAACCAGGCCGGAGGAGAGUGCAGAGGGCAGGACACAGAGACAAAGCCAUGCUCUAACCCAGACUGCCCAGCGGAUGGAAAAUGGGGCCCGUGGAAUCAUUGGAGCUUGUGCUCCAAGAAAUGUGACAGUGGCUUGCAGCAUCGCUACCGGAUGUGUCAGGCAAAAGGCGUACAAGGAUACCCGUGCGAGGGCUCCGGGGAAGAGGUCAGGACGUGCAAUAAAAAGAAAUGCCCAGCGUUACAUCAGAUGUGUAAAGAUGAGUAUGUCUUAUCUAUGACCUGGGAGAAAACAGCUGCUGGUGAAAUUGUCUAUAACAAGUGUCCUCCAAAUGCCACAGGAUCAGCUAGCCGCCGCUGUCUGCUGAGUCCCCAGGGUGUUGCGUACUGGAGUUCUCCAAGUUUUGCCCGCUGCAUCUCUCAUGACUACAGAUAUCUUCACCUUGCAUGGUCAGAGCUCUCUCCUUCCCCCUUCCCCCAGCUCCGAGAACAUUUGGCUAAGGGUCAACGCUUAUUGGCUGGACAGGGUAUGUCUCAGGUGGUCCGGAGCAUGUUGGAGUUGGUGUCAACCAAGAACUACUAUAGUGGAGACCUUCUUUUCUGUGUGGAGAUCUUGCGCAAUGUGACUGACACGUACAAGAGAGCCACAUACAUACCCUCAUUUGAGGACAUUCAGAAGUUUUUCCAUGCUGUCAGCCACAUACUGGAUGCAGAGAAUAAGGAGAAGUGGGAGGAUGCACAGCAGGUGGCUCCAGGCUCUAUUCUUCUGAUGAAAGUCCUAGAGGAUUACAUUCACCUGAUUGGGGACGCACUUAAACCGUUCCAAAGCUCUAUCAUCGUCACCGACAACCUGGUUAUCAGUAUCCAGAGGGAACCUGUCUCUGCUGUCUCCAGUGACAUUAAUUUCCCCAUGAAGGGCCGGCGUGGGAUGAAUGAUUGGGCAAGGAACUCAGAGGAUAAACUUUUUAUCCCCAAGGAGGUUCUGAGUUUGCCCUCUACAGAGAAUGAAGAAGCGGGGUAUUUUGUGAUUGGUGCAGUGCUAUAUCGCACACUUGGGCUAAUUCUUCCUCCACCUGGAAAUUCACUGGCUGUCAGUUCGAAAGUUCUAACCGUCACUGUACGGCCUCUAACAAAGCCAGCCGAACAGCUUGUAGUGGUGGAACUUUCCCAUAUUAUCAAUGGUACUUCCAGCCCCCAGUGUGCAGUGUGGGAUUACUCCAAAAGCGAUGCGUCCACUGGGAACUGGGACACCGAGAGCUGUCAAACUUUACCAACCCACCCAUCUCACACCAAAUGCCUUUGCGAUCAGCUGUCCACCUUUGCUGUUUUGGCACAGCUGCCCAAGGAGAUGCAGGUGAUGGAUGUCUCAGGAUCUCCGUCGGUUCCCCUGAUGAUCGGCUGUGCCGUAUCCUGCAUGGCUUUGCUCAUCCUCCUUGCUGUAUAUGCUGCAUUUUGGAGAUUUAUCCGUUCUGAACGCUCUAUCAUCCUGCUCAACUUCUGUUUGUCCAUCUUGGCCUCUAACGUGUUGAUCCUUGUGGGACAGUCACAAGCUCUUAGCAAGGCUGUCUGUGCUCUGAUUGCUGCUUUGCUACACUUUUUCUUCCUUUCCUCUUUUUGCUGGGUUCUGACAGAGGCCUGGCAAUCUUAUCUGGCUGUUAUUGGACAAAUGAGGACAAGAUUGGUCCGUAAACGUUUCCUCUGCCUUGGAUGGGGGUUACCGGCUCUGGUUGUUGCAGUGUCUGUUGGUUUCACUCGAACUAAAGGAUAUGGGACUACGCAUUACUGCUGGCUCUCAUUGGAAGGAGGACUACUUUACGCCUUUGUUGGACCUGCUGCCGUCAUUGUCCUGGUGAACAUGCUGAUUGGGAUCAUUGUCUUCAACAAACUAAUGUCUCGAGAUGGAAUAUCUGACAAAUCCAAAAAGCAGAGAGCUGGAAGUGAGAUGUCCUGCAGAAACCUGCCACUGAUUUGUUCCACUUGUGGAGUGCUGCCCAGCGCCAGCCUGUCUGCAGCUACUGCCAGCAACGCUGUGGCAUCUCUCUGGAGUUCCUGUGUGGUCCUUCCUCUCCUGGCACUCACCUGGAUGUCUGCAGUUCUGGCCAUGACUGAUCGCCGUUCCAUCCUCUUCCAAGUACUCUUUGCAGUGUUCAAUUCUGUGCAGGGCUGUGUAAUUAUCACUGUACAUUGCUUCCUACGCCGGGAGGUUCAGGAAGUUGUGAAAUGCCAAAUGGGAGGGUGCCGCAGUGAUGAAAAUGAGGAUUCCCCAAACUCCUGCAAAAAUGGUCAACUUCAGAUCAUGUCAGAUUUUGAAAAAGAUGUGGAUCUGGCUUGCCAAUCUGAUGAGAAGACCUCAUGGUAUACAGCACAUGGGGAAACAGUCCUUUUUAAAGAACUGAACACAUGCCACCCCUCCAGUGUAACUGGAGCUUUAUCACGAAUUUCUCUCGAUGAUGAGGAUGACCUAAAGCAUCAUAAAGGUGGAGAUGGACUUAGCUUUUCCCACCUCCCUGGUAACUUUUCAUCACCUGGUGGCAUUCUCCUCCAGGUUCCAAAAAUUACUCACAAUCAAGUUAAUGAGCUCAGUGAUCCUCUUCCAAAGAAGGAAAUAAACCUUGAUCGUGGACCUCUGUACCUAUGCCCAGAGGGAAAUAUGUGGCCCAUGGACUUUGGAGAUGCUUCACAAGAGCCUUCUUUGGAGAGUGAGUACAUGGUGCUACCCAGAAGGACUCUGAGCCUCAAACCAUUUGGCCGGGAACAAGGAAAGCUCAACGUCAAACUGUCGGAUUUGGGAAAGGGGCGCCAACAGGGGGAUGCAGAGGGGUACCCUAACUUCUUAUCAGUGGACCACAUCAAUGUCAAUCUUACCCCACCUUAUGUACCAUCUCAGCACCAAUAUGGCCUGCCUUUUAAGCAACCACCUUCAGUACGGCAGAUUUUGGCAUCAGAGAUGAAUGAGCGCAGCCGUACAAUGCCUCGAACGGUACCUGGUCAAUCCAUGAGUGCUGGAUCUUUAGAGAAACCACACCAACCUGUCCCUGUGUUUCUCCCUCAGCGGAAGCGAUUGAGAUACUCAGAUUUGGAUUUUGAGAAAGUGAUGCACACAAGAAAAAGACACUCAGAGCUUUAUCAUGAACUAAACCGCAAGUUCCAUACCUUGGAGAGAUACCGAGAUGCCAGUUCAAAGAGAGACAAACGCUGGAGUAUAUCCUCAGGAGGAGGAAUGGAGAGAACUUCAGCCAGUGAGAAGACAAGUCCAGCAGGCCCCCAUCAGAAAGUCUGGGACAGCUACAGAGCACGCUCCUCACAAAUCCAUGACCGUUUGGGUCUGCGCUGUGUAGAUUGGGAUCAACCACCACGUAUAUCUAUGGAUAUGUCAGAUGGGGACUAUCAGACUGAGGUAUAAGGCAAAGUCUCCCUUGUAAACAUGAAUUUCCUUAUCUGUUGUCCAUCUGUGAGAGACACACCAGAGGAACAGGCACACAGUACGCUGGUCUCAGUUACUCAAAAUUACAUGUGGCUUAAGGAGUGUGGCACACACUGGAAAUGCAAAUGAAUUUCAGCCACGUAAAAACAUCAGAGCUAGCAUUUAAAGACAACAAGCAAGGUUUAUGAGAUGUCCAAAGGCAGAGUGGUGUUCAGCUGUUGGAUAUUGUAUCUCGCUGGAGAGGCAGUUCUCUGAUUUUGUGGAUUUGUAAGAUCACAGAUCACUUUUCCAGUAUCGGGGAGUCUAGUGGCAACAAGCUGCUAAUUAUUGCUACUUACAGACACACAAACACACACACAUGUUCCUGUCACAAUAUCCUCUGUCCUUUUUCUUGGACAUUGCUUGUCAAGUGACCACUUCCUUCCAGUUUAAUGGCCUCCCCCUCUCUCCUGCCCCUGCCAUUUUGAUGUAGGGAAGAAGAGCCUUGCCUUCGCCUUCAUGGACUGCUAAACAAGGUCAGCCAGACUGAACACUAGCUGCCUCCUUCCAUUGCUCACUGAGGGUUUUGGGUAAUAGGGCAGUGGGAAAGGGGGUCAGGCAGCACUGGGUUUUAAAAACGCCUAGAAUUUGUUUAA